AUGAAAUGGUCAACGUCAGUGCUAAGGGCAAUAGUUCGGGUUGCUUCGAUGCGGACCAUCUAUGCCACUGUAGGCACCUAUGGGCACGUGAAGGAUGCGAUCUUGGCUUCGCGAGGAAUCCGUGAGGAGCAGAGGCAUGCGUCCGUCAGCCUUUUGAUCUCCCGCAUGGCAGUUGAUUGGGACCGGACUUCUCCAAGUAUGCGGAAACCAUGGGGCUACAAGGAUGUCCUGAACCUUCACGCAGCGACCGGAGGUUUCCUUCAUUUCAUGGGGGUGCUCAAGGAGAAGGUUCCCCCUGCAGAGUUCGCAAAGCAUGAGACCAAUUUGAUGGAGCAAUUCAACCUUGGUGUGCUUGAUCCGGACGUGAUUCACGCCCUCGAAUGCUCUGUGCCCCCUGGAAACCUGGAGUCUGUUGGGUUCUUGAGGUACACUCUUGUUUUGGUUGAUGCCACAAUCUUCCCUGCGAACGCAGUGCAGCUGAAGAACGUGUUUGAUGUUAUGGCCCUGGUUCUCAAUAUGGGGCCGCAGAACAUCGCACAUGUCCAGAUGCCGAUCCUGCACACCAACACUACGACAAGUGCAGUGUUGAAACAUCGUCGCCAUGUUGAGGAUUCCAUUCUGGGCAAGAGUUUGGACAUGAACCAUUCACUAGCCUUGAACUUCGCGAAGCCGAACGACGGGAACUCGUCCGACAAGAGACGACUCAUCCAACAUUGCUUGGCAGUUGUGGGCGAUUCCAAAGCAAGCCCAUGGACUCCUCCAUCGGUGGUGGGCCCUGUGCCCCUCAUCCGAGUGGCAGACAUGUUGGGGUAUGAUGCGGACUCACGUCCUGGGGCAACCGCCCGUGCUGAGCAGAUUCUUUAA